UUUGUUUACUGACACAAAGCUGGAUUAAUCAGACCUUUGCAAUAAGUUGCCGUGUUUUCUUUGGAUUUAAAUGCGUCAUGAAAUUAUCACCUCCCCACUGACGUGCUAAAUAGCUGCUUGUGUUUAGCUUCAACAUUUAACCCUGCAAGAGUUUCCGGAGCUACAUUUACAAACAAAUAGUGGCUUAAAUGAGGCCCCAAUCAAUCUAAGUUGAUAUUUAACUGUUUGCUGAGCAAAUGCCAAUCUCUUACUCCCAGGAAUCCUGACAUGCGCCGCACUUAGUUGCUCUUUUUUUGGACAAGCCAGCAAGUUUUUUUUCUAAUUUAAAUAUAAGUUGCAUUGUGAGGAAAUGGACCUCUGCCUGACACUCCUGUUGAUCUAUCUCUGUAGCCAAGGAGCCACUAAUGCUGAGGUGGAAGAAAAUCAACCAGUCUCGCUGGUGCCUCUUACAAAACCAGAGGAGGAAACAGGACACAGCAGUACAGCACAGCCAGAAUCCGCCGGUACUACAGAAGCCUCUAUAAUUACAACAUCCUAUCAACCACCUACAACAAGUAGUGGGCCCACUGGAGCCUCGUCGACAGAAGAAGAUGAUGGGGGUUGUCUGUCUCUUGGCAGAAGCCCACAUUCCAAGGAAAUUGUUGCUGCUGCCAUUCAGAAAAUGGGUGUGCAGCUGCUGCAGAACCUGGAGAUGACGCCAGAGCAGCCAAAUAUUAUCAUAUCUCCUUUAAGCAUAUCUCUAGGCCUUUCCCAGCUGGCUUUAGGUGCUGUAAAUGAGACGAGGGAACUGCUGAUGCAUCAUCUUCAUGAAAACACUCUCCCCUGCUACCACCAGUCUCUGCAUAGUAUCUUGAUGCAGCUAAAAAACAGUGAUCUACACAUUGCCACACGUAUCUUUCUGCGUGAAGGGUUUAAGCCAAAGGAAGUAUUUGUCAAUGAGUCUCAUCGCUUUUAUCGCUCGGAACCAGCAAUCUUGGAGAAUCUGGAGCAAAUAAACACAUGGGUAGAGAACGCAACUCAAGGAAAGAUAGCUGACUUCCUUUCUGCUUUACCUCCCAAUCUGCUUCUCGUGCUCAUUAAUGCCGUCCAUUUCAAAGGAGAGUGGAAAGCUCGAUUUGACCCCCGCUUUACCUCCAGAGGUGUGUUCUAUCUCGAUGAACAGCACAUGGUUGAUGUAGAGGUAAUGGAAGAUGCCAAACAUCCCUUGAGUUUCUUCAUUGAUCAUGAACUGGAGGCUCAGGUAGCGAGCUUCCCAUUCCGGAAGUCUAUGAGUUUAUUGGUGGUCGUGCCUAUGUCUUUGCAGACAAAUAUCUCUUCACUUGCUGCAAAGAUCGAUGUCUCUAACCUUUACAAUCGACUGCCCAAAGAGAGGGCAGUUCAAGUAAAAGUCCCCAAAUUCAAACUAGAGUAUGGACAAGAGUUAAAAGAUGUCUUUAUCAAAUUGGGCCUUGGUGAGAUAUUUUCUUCUCCCAACUUGGCUGAGAUUUCAGAUGGCCCUCUGCUGGUGUCCAGUGUAAUGCAUAAGUCCAGCAUGGAGAUAAAUGAGGAUGGUGCAGAGGCAGCUGCAGCUACUACUGUGGUUAUUUCAAGGGCAUCCAAUCCAGUUUUCCAUCUCAGCCAACCCUUCUUCUUUGCACUUAUGCAUGAUGUAACUAAAAUACCGAUUUUUAUGGGUGUAAUCAACAACCCCAAUCCCGGAGCUCCUGUCCUACAGAAAGGGGAAUUUGGAAGCAAGGAUAAAGUGGGAUUUCCCAUUGACAAGAAUGAUGGGGCCCAAUUUGGAGGCCCACCUAAGUAAGGACUAAAACCCUUUACAGCUCUUCCAGAGAAACUCAGACCAGUACAGGAAAGACUAUUAGUUAACUCAAUCAAAAUAUUUGUGAAAACUGAUUCUGUGAACAAAAUGGGGAGCCCAAAACUUGAGUAUUCCUUUAAAAUAAUAUAGUUUCUAUUAGGUGAGAUGUCCUUGUCAAAAAUAAUAAUUAAACAAAAAAAGUAUGGUCAUUGUUGCUUAUACUGAGCCUAUUUCAAUUUGAUGGCACAUACAUUUUGAUCUCAACACAAAGUAAAUUGGUUACAGUGUCAGAUUAUUACUGAAUCAGUAUGUGUAUUGGAUGGUUUGAUGUAAUGACUCAAUAAACUGAACUGAUUUGAAUCACA